CACCCCUCAAAGUACUCGAUGUAUAGUUAAAAAAUGGGAGGGCACACUUGAACCGAGCUGCUCUAUGAAGGUAGGCUGCAGCGUGUGUUUAUUGAUGAGAUGAAAAGAAGAUGGAAGUGAGAAAUGAAACAAAGUAAAGGAACAUAUUAAAAAAAAAAAACUAAACGCGCGUCGUCGGGGGAGAACGGGGAGCCGUGGAAACGCUGUCGCCACUUUUUGAACGAGCUUCGAAGUGCAGCAGAGCAACACAUGAUUUGGACAGAGAGGACUGACAGCCUUGCCUAGCACCAGGCCUCUGAUCAGCCAUCUCCACCAGCAAACUGAAGCUUGACCCGCUCUUCAUCACCAGCCACACAAGCAUCUUCGUAACAAAACGUCAUCUAACUGUGACAUCAGUUGCAAGGGGAUGACCGAGCGCAUUCAUAACAUCAAUCUCCACAACUUCAGCAAUUCUGUACUUGAGACCCUCAAUGAGCAGCGCAACCGUGGGCACUUCUGUGACGUGACUGUUCGGAUCCAUGGAAGUAUGCUGCGAGCUCACCGGUGCGUGCUGGCCGCUGGAAGCCCUUUCUUUCAGGACAAGCUGCUGUUGGGCUACAGCGACAUUGAGAUCCCGUCGGUGGUCUCAGUGCAAUCCAUCCAAAAGCUGAUUGACUUUAUGUACAGUGGGAUUCUGCGGGUAUCUCAGUCGGAGGCCCUGCAGAUCCUCACUGCCGCCAGCAUCCUCCAGAUCAAGACCGUCAUCGAUGAGUGCACCCGCAUCGUGUCCCAGAAUGUGGGCCUGGCCGGGCCGGGGGGGUUCCCCGUCAUACCGGGAGACUCCGGUCAGGAGACGCCCCGCGGCACGCCGGAGUCCGGCACCUCUGGGCCCAGCAGCGACGCAGAGUCAGGUUAUAUGCAAGCAACAUCUCAGCAAAGCAUAGAUCGUACAUACACAUCACUCUACACCUACCCUGGUCUCUCCGUGCACAACGGCACCCGCGAGCGCCCCCUUUACAUCAACCCUCUGACACCGAAUUACGACCCGACCCUCAGCACUCAGAAGGACCAGCAGUCUCAAGAUCCGCCCUGGAUGAACCGCAUCCAGGAGCGGUCCCAGCCGGUCGACCGCUUCAUCACCACGGCGGAGUCCACUCACUGCCGCAAGCAGCCCCGACCGGUACGCAUUCAGACAGGAGGGAUGCAGAUCAAGCAGGAGACCGAAGACGAGUACAACUGCUACGGCAAUAUGGCGGACUGCCCGGACGACACCGACAACACCGAGGGUGUCGAGAGCGAGUCCAAGGUGGAAAGUUUUGACUCAGGGGUGAGCUCCUCCAUCAGUACUGAGCCGGACACCAUGGAGCAGCAGCCGUACCUGCCGGGCUUCGGCCGAGACGGAGGCGGGGACGGGCAGCCCGGCGAAGGAGCCCCAGUGCAGAUAGAGGUCAACGACUCGUCCCCGGAGCAAGUGCACGACGCCGAGGACGGGGACACUUCCCACAGCACUAGUGACAGUAGCAUGAUGCAGCCCCUGUCAAACUCAGUCAAACUCAGUCCCAUGUCCCAGUACAUACGCCAGGCAGAAUCACACACCAGCAACCUGAGGAUGCAGCACACCGUGACCAGCAAUUCCCAAGUGUUAGGCUCUGCUGGAAGCAACUUCCUGCCCGCACUGUUUCCUACACAGCCGACCAGAGACCACAAGCCUUUCUCUUACCUUACUGGCCAGCAGCAGCCCCAGUUCGUGGCCGUGCCGCCCCCUGCGAUGCCACCGUUUCCAAACACCAUGUUGGUACCACAAGCGCCAGCUCAGCAGCAGCAGCCUGCAGGAGGACUCGGUUCCGGGGAGAAGAAGCCCUACGAAUGCACUCUCUGCAGUAAAACCUUUACUGCAAAACAGAACUACGUCAAACACAUGUUUGUCCACACUGGUGAGAAGCCUCAUCAGUGCAGCAUCUGCUGGCGCUCGUUCUCCCUGAAGGAUUACUUAAUUAAACAUAUGGUGACACACACGGGGGUGCGGGCCUACCAGUGCAGCAUCUGCAACAAGCGUUUCACCCAGAAGAGCUCUCUCAACGUCCACAUGCGGCUGCACCGUGGCGAGAAGUCCUAUGAGUGCUACAUCUGCAAGAAGAAGUUCUCACACAAGACCCUGCUGGAGAGGCACAUGGCCCUGCACAGCACAGCCAGCACCAUCACGGGGCUGUCGGGCAGCGCCGGCGCCCCGGGCCCCGUCUCCAUUCCCAUGACGAUGGCCGUCCCCGAGCCCGGGGCCGGCGUGGUGGCCCUCGCCAUGCCAGUGAGCGGAGGUGCUGGAGUUGGGGCCGGGGUUGGAACAGGAGUGGGUGUAGCUGCAGAAGCGAGCUGCCAAGAAGGGACCACCUACGUGUGCUCCGUCUGCCCUGCCAAGUUCGACCAAAUGGAGCACUUCAAUGACCACAUGCGAAUGCAUGUCUCCGAUGGAUAAGUACAAAUAGAUAAACUUCUUUCAAAAAGAAUGACAAAUAAAAUGGCACUAGAUUUUCCUUUUCUUAUUUUGAGGUAUGAAGAGUUAUGAGUAUAGACACUGGCACAUUAAGUUUCCCAAAAAAAGAUUUCUUUUUUUUUUCCUUUUUUUUUUUUUUUUCUGUUAUUCUAAAAGAAAAAAAGAUGGUGGCCUUAAGGCUUAGUAGUUUGAUAUUGAUCUACUGGAUGGAUCCUAACUACAGGCCUCUAAAUGUAUGCUUUCCUAAAAAUACUGAUUUAUGUGUUGAACACUACCGAAAGGCCUACGAAAGAAACACAUACACACAAACACACCUUUAGUGUAGGUAUGUCUGAAUGAAUAUAUACAUGCAUAUAUGUUUUAGCGUUUGUGUAUUUGCAUGGUCAUGUUUGUGCGUCCAAGUGUGUGUGUGUGUGUGUGUGUGUGUGUGUGUGUGUGUGUGUGUGUGUGUGUGUGUGUGUAAUUGCCAUGAGAUAUGAAUCAUGGCUGUUGUGAACCCAUACUGACCAGUUUGGAAACUAUAGAUGUCCAAGCUUACUGUGGUAUAAUUUAAAAUGACAAUAACUAAGAAAAAAAAAAAGAAAAAAAAAGAAAAAAAUCACCUGGGGUUGGGCUACGUAUUCCCUCUAAAAAAUACUGAUGGUCACAAGAUUGCCUUCUUAUAUAAAAUAAAAAAUGAGAGUAGUUAAUUUGACACUGGGUUUUAUUUAUUCCUAUGGUAUUAAGGGAUUAUAAUGCAGCUGUUGUCAAGGUACCAAUUUAAAUCAUUUACUGAAAUGUCACUUCCUGUCAGUGGCGACGGGGGGGCGGACAUUUCUCAUGUUUUGUAAUUCUUGUCCAUGCAUUUUGAUGAUUACGAUUACGUUUUCCAAAUUACGGUGUGUUGACGCGACAGUAUUUGAGCAAAAACUUUUGUUUUCUUUUCUUUCUGAAGUUCGGAGUUUAACUCAUUUUGCAUACACUGCCACUAAUAUCUUAAAAGACUGUUAAGGCUAGUAGACCUCUUCCAUUUCAAUACAUGAGAAAAAAAAGAAAAGAAGAAGAAGAAAGAUUGUGUUGCUGAUGAUUUUUCUUUCUUUAGCCUUUUACAUUCACAGUUAUGGCAGGCUGGAAUAUGCGACUAAACUCUCUCCUUCAUAAAUGCUGCUCCUCAACUUGCACCUGACUGUUAUGGGAUAUAAAUUAAAAAAAAGAAAAGAAAAAACUUACAUAAAAAAAAAAAAGAUUUGUCACUUCAACUGUUGUGUUGUUGAGUAGCCUCCGUGCUUUAAUUGGAUGAUUGGAUUUGCAAUGUCGGGGGCAGGAUGAGGCCCGGAUUGGAGCAGUGUUGUUAUAGAGGGGGUAAAUUAAUUUGAAUCCAAAUUGUAAUUGAAAUAAAUGCCAUCCUGAUCCCAGAGCCCGGUAAACCUUUUUAUCGCUAUUGCGAAAGCUGUUCAGCAGGUGGAAGCGGAAUACAUUGCUCUCAUGUAUUGGCUCUCCCCAAAGGCUGCGAUAGCUCGCAACGUUUUGACAGGAAAAAAAAAACAAAAAAAACAAAACAGUCCCAAAGCAAAUUAAGUAGCUCCAUUGAUUGAUAUCACACUGUUUCAUGGCAUACCACAAAUCGCAGAUGGACUUUGUUGACAAUAUAGCUUACAUUCCUGAUUUUCGAAAAACAGAGACACAGCAUGUACACAGUUAGAUUUGGAAAGCUCGUGUGCCGCAAGUUGUCAUCCAUGCAUCACAUCACUUAAGGCUCAUUUCUGAUAUUUAGAUGUAUUUGUAUUGUUUUCUAACCAAAAUAGGACACACAGAGGACACACACACACACGCACACACAUACACACAUGCGUGCAACUGCCUGCAACUCCAGUCUGAAGGAUUUGCUCACAUUUGUGAGCAAAACACCUUUUGCGGUUGCAUUAUGAAAAGAAUAACAAACUGCAUACAGAGGUCUUAAAAAGACCUGCUGUCAAUUUUCUUUUUCUCAAAAAGUGCUACUUUGCACAUUUUGUUAAAAUGCCUGUGCUUAAUAUUUAAUCAUUUUCCUUAAAAUGAACUUCUAUGAUUUUCUUUUAAUUCAAUUUCAAAAGAAAAAAAAACUUUUUUUUUUUUCCUUAAUUUUGAUAAGUGGACUGCAUUGUUUUCUUGCAUAUAUGUUGCACUGCUUAAACCAAUAAGUGCACUACUGUUAACAGAGAUAUUAUAGUUUUAGAAAAGAGGAUUUUUUUUUUUUUUAAUCUAACAUUUGGUUGUAGAGCUCACAUGUAAUAGAAUAGCUUUGUUUCAAUUUCUUCAUCGGAAAUUUUCAGCAAUCCUUGGCUUUUGUUGACGCUUGCACUUAUCCACAGUAUACACACUUGUGCCGUGUUAAAUGCAAGCAUUUUUUUCUUUUUUUUUUUUCUUAUUUAAACCUGUACCAUUACGUGUGCUCAUCUAUGUUUGAACCUUUUUGAAUUCACUCUUUUUACAGAGUCGGUUCCCUAUAACAGUUUAUUCAAACGCAUCUCUUCAGAAUCGGAGCAGAACGUUUCCUCUGAGAACAUUCAAGCCAAACAACAUUAACAGUGAAACAACAGUAAUAAUGAAACGAACUCCCGUCCGCGUCCGUCGGCGGAGGUAAUAAUGUUGACAGUUAUUAUAAUAUUAUUAUUAACGGCGAUAAUAAUGAUUAUAAUAAUAUUAACAAUAAUACAUUUGUAAUGUGUGUGUGUGUAACAUAAGUGAUACGUGUGUCCUAGUGGGUGUAACAGAGUGGGGAGGUGAUGGAAUGCAGCUUCUUUGAUAUCCGUCUGUCAGUUGUACACAGUUGUGUCCCUUCCUUAGUGUUCGUAUGUCUGUGAGUGUCUGUGUGUGGUAUAUAGCCUAAUCAAAUAGUUGAUAAGUGGAAUAUCUGAACUGUAGGGCUUCCUUUGCAAUAUGCAGCGCAGGUACUAUAAGAGAAGCGUCUCUCCAAAACCUUUUUGGGCUUGAUAAGGCACCCCGGAAUAUCGGAGAUUGGACUAGAGCUGUCGGUGGAGUGCCGUUGACUUUUGCGCCGGCUUGGUGAACUUUAUGUCGAGCGUUUUUCGAUGAUAAAUUUCGUAUAAUUGCUACUAGAUUCCAGAUGACUGCGGAGUCGGUUUCAGGUGGAGCGAAAGCGGUCGGCGCUCUGCUUUCUCCCCAGCUGGAUACAAACUAAAAGAAACUAUUGACCCCCGCAGGAGAAAUGUGCUGGGAGGAAAAAAACAAGAGCAUGCGGUCGGUCCUCAGUAAAAGUAGCACAUUAUUUAACGUUUGAUUGGGCCCGUCUCUUAUGGUGUGCAUAUAAGCCUAAACUGUAUGGUUCCUGUUUGUAGCUGUUGUUGCCAGGAUGGCAAUAUUGCUGCAUGCUAGUGCUAUAUUUGUCUCUACACAGCACGUGGAGGGUAAUCUCAUGCCUUAACAGACAAUGCACUAAAUAGAAUAUGUAAGCAACUGCCGAGAUCUCUUUCCAACAGUAUUGCCACGCGUAUGGCACACAGCUCAUGAUGUUGGUGUUCGUCGUCUGUUCAGUACCAAGUUGAAACACUGCCAAACUAACAUCGUCACUUCUUUAACAGCAGCGGCAGAGACAUUGAAUUGAAUUGUUUCCGUGUAACGUGUGUGUUCAGUAAUCUAGCAUUCCUUCAUGGCACCUAAAUUUUACAUACUUUGUGUAAACACAUAUAUCAAAUGCACUAUUGACUGUAGCUAGAUGAGUACAACCAGCUUUGUGGUAUCAUUGGUCUAAAUAGUAGGUUAAGUAGCUCGAUGUUGGUUUUUUGAUCUAUUUGUUUUGGGAAUUACACUAUCAAUUGUUUCUCUAUCACUUUUUUUGGAAUAACAAAAGUAGCCAAUCUCAACGUUAUCCGGAUGAGGGCUAAUAAACUCGUCCCAUCGUCAGUUGACUUCUUGUAUCAUAGGGGUGUUUGAUAGCGGACCGGGCCCGGAAAAAAGGGGAAGAACCCUUCUCUCCAGUGUGUCAUAACAUGCUACAGCAUAACCCAGGCUGUUUCCCGCCUCUCCCUGUUGCAUCGGCAUCACACGCUCUUCACUGUCCAUAGUUAUAUAUUCCUUAUUACUGCUUCAGCUACUUGUGGUGGUGCUUAAUUCUCUUUUCUCAGUGUUGCGGAGAGUCAUUUUAAAAAUUGUUGGAAAGUUGCAACAUUACCCAGAAAAUAAGUCCUUAUCUCAAUCGUGCUUCUUCUAGUUGUUAGUCUAGAUUUUAUGUUUUGCAAAGUGUACGCAUAUUUUCCAGAACAAAACAUAUUGAAAAGUAGAUAAUAGCCUUGAGCCUGCAGCUGUUUGUAUUGUGUUUCAAAUAUAUUCCUGUUUAUGUUUUGUUUAUCUUAGUGUAGAGACACAGGGUCUACAGUACAUUGUUGUCCUUCCUGCAGUAAGUUUGAUUCAUUGUUAUACUUCUUGAUUUCAGAAUUCCUUCCUGGUUUUUUCCUGGUGGUCAUAGUGGUGUUGUUUAUACAUACAUAGCUUCACGCAACCGGAUAAAGGGUUAGUCAGUUAAUUUUCACGGUGUACUAUAUAUGCAUAUAUGCUUCUUCAUUGAGAUGAAAAAAAAAACGAAAAAAGAAAAAAGGAAAUGGUUGAUAGUAACGGUGAGGGUCAUGUUGAGUAAGGAACAGGUUCAUUUUCUUCUGAUAAGCGUGUGUCCGUCUUCCUGUCCGUCUUUCAGUCUGUCUCUCCACACAUUUUAAGUCAGAGGUUUUUUUUUUUUCCUUCUUUUUCGUUUGUUUUGGCGUGAGCAAAGUCACAGAGUAGAAUACAGAAAUCUCAUGAAAAACCGUUCACAUAACUGCAUCUUUGUCCUUCUACAGUACGCAUCAGAGUGAAAUAGAUAACUUCUUACAAAUAUGCUAUAUAUAUUUUAAAUAUCACCAUCUCCACACAGAUAAAGAAUACAUUUUCAGAUAGUUUGAUAAAAUCCUACUUGCAGCUAGAGUAUACAAUACCUUGUGGGAUAUAGGGAAUAUGCCUAUCAAGUGCCUAUCAGUACAUACAGCAACUAUACAGAAUAUUCAUAGUUUUUCUCUCCUACAUUGCACAAAUACAGUAUAUACACAAUGGACUAUUAAAAUAUACUAUUUAUACUAUUACUGCUAAAACCUGGUGAUUGUGAGUACAUCAUAAGAGAACCCUUUAAAAUACCAGAAAUGUUCUAUUCAUAUACAGUUAAUGCUACAUCUGCUAGUUUUAUUUUUAUCCUACAUCUGCACGGUUUGGAGGAUUCAAAGAUAUCGAAUACAAUCACAUUUUUAGUGUCUGAACGAAGAGUACAAAUGCAUAUAAUAGGUGAAAUUUAGAUAUAAAAUCUUAUUCCUUCACGUUGCUCUCCCUCUCACUGAUAACACUUUUUUUUCCAUUUACUCACACACACAAACACACACACAAAAAAAGCCAUAUACUGUAACGUACUGUAAGUCAUUGGGAGAAAGGGCAGUGGCAUGUAGUCAACAGCAGGGGGAGCCACACAGCAGCUGCAAAAGGUGAAGUUUACACACAACUGCCUGCCUGCCUGCCUGCCACCCAGACUAAAAAAAAAUCCAAGAGUAUCCUCUGGAUAUCAGCGAGCCUCUCUGGUAUUUUUCAUAUAUUUUUUUGCAACAUCUGAAGCGUGGCAGACUUUCCCUCCACCGACACUCGCUUCAAAACGAGUGGAAGCUCGCAGUGGGUGGAUGCAGGAGUUGGAUUUUAGUCGAGUUCAAAGUGCGCUGCGUGCUUGUGCUUUUGACCUUGAUGGCAGGCCGAUGCCCAGUUUCCCUACAACGAUCAUUAAAGUUUUAUCUUAUCUGAUAGCCUUGUUGUUUAUGUACAGCUUAGUAUUGUAAAGGGCACGCAAAAGAGCAACGUGAAGAAAAAAAAAAAAAACAAAAAAGAGAAAUAGAUUAUUAAACUGGCUGAAAUUUUUAUGACCACGACUUGGAGGCAACAAUGAGAUUACAAAUUGAAAGUUUUUGGCUGCGGAUAAACGCGGCCUCCGUGCACGGCGGUCAUUCACUGGCUGGAUGAGCGGCGUGAAGACGGAACUGAAAGAAAAUCUGGUCGAGUUAAAAAAAAAAAAAAACCCAUAAAUCAACUUUCAGGAUUGAGUGGCUGUGAGAUAAAAGGUUUUGGGAUGGCUUAUUAUUUAGUCCCCUGUGGACUAAUUACCACAGUUUUUUUCUCUAACCUUCUCCAGCCUAGUUACUGUGCCAAAUUUAAGAAUGGGGGGGGGGGUGCAUUCAAAUGACACCACUAUUGUUUAAUUAGAAGUGAGAACUAAGCAGGAAAGAAAGAAAGAAAGAAAAAAAAGCUCUUUAUACACGGAACUACUAUAAAUCUCACAACAGCACAUGAAUGCAAGUGAUUGUUUUUAUUUUGAAUCUUUAAAUCCUCCGUAAUACAUAGUUUUCAAGUAAAUAGGAGAAAACAGCUAUGAUCAAACAUGUACACACUUACUUACUUUCAUAGACAUUUAUCGUUGAAGUGAAGCAUGGAAAUAAAAAAAAAAGAAUAAAAAAAAUAGGCAAUAUGAUAUCGCUAGUCCCUGUCAUCCAACCGUCACACUACGACAUACUGCCAAACAGCAUCUGUUCAGACUUUACUGUCAAACAUCAGCGUUUAAGUUUUUUGAUUCCGGGGCUUUGCAGACACGCAGCGAAGCAGCCGCUCAGAGUUUAAAGUAAGACCCAGCCAUACUAAGCUACUCAUCAUCCACAUUAUGUUUACUACCACGCUUUCCUCCAAGCAUGCAGUUACGACGCGGCUCCUGAUGGGCUUUUUAGUCAAACAAAACAAAAUCUAUCAGUCCGAAUGAAGCGUGCAGUUCAGCCCCACCCCUGCAGGGAGGAGGUGGGGUACUUUUUGUUUUCUCGCCGAGCACGAGCUGUAUUUCUGAACGUCCCUCGACAGCAGAACGUUUCCUUCAUCCGGGCGCUGAGGGGACUCAGGCGUGCUGGAGCCUCUGGAGACCGAACAGCGAAACCUCUUUUGUGCUCUCGCUCACCCGCUGUAGUCUUUCGGGCUCAGUUCAGCCUGAUGAGACGCUUGAAAGUGUGCAAGCUCAAAAAACAAAAAAACAAAAAAAAAAAAAAAAGUGCAUUCCUGUUAUUAAGUCCAGCACAUUCCAACUCCACGUCUGGCUUUGGUUUUCCACGCUUUACUAACCUAAUGUUAAGAACAUCAUCCAGUGCUAAAUUGUUGCAUAUUCGAUCACGGCCUAGAAAACGCUGCAGAUCAGGCUGAAGUACAGCAAAAUUUACAUUUCCCUCAAACAAAUCCCUUCCUUUUUUUUCUUUUUUUUUUUUUUUUCCUUUUUCUGUUUUAAAUAAAUCUCAUCUCGCUGUUUUAUUCAAAUCAUGCCAUGAGAUCACAAACCUCAUAAGCUCUCAGCACAGCUUUUAUGCUGGUGUGGACUGGUUUUUUAGACAACAUGCACUAUGCUAUCACUCUGACUCUCACUCUCUCUCGCUCUGUGUGUGUGUGUGUGCGCGCGUGUGUGUGUGUGUGUGUGUGUGUGUGUGCGUGCGUGCAUGCGUGUGUGUGUGUGUACAUGUGUGUGUAGGUCACCCUUUUAUAGUGCAGAGAUGCAAAUUGAAAAAAAAAAAAAACACACACACACACACACACACUCACACACAAAGCAGCAAAAAGAAAAAGCGGAGGCUCUUCGUCACCACGAUGUCGGCCGCAGUCUCAGCCAGCGUUGUCCUCUGCCGUCACACUGCAGAUCUUUUAGCGCUGUAUAACACAAAACAACAGGCUGCUGGUGGUAACUUUUCAAAACAGGGGCCAUGUCAAUCCUUAGAAGUUGAAUAAAAAAAAAAAAUUAAAAAAAAAAAAAAAGCUGUAUUAGACAAUGUUUGUUUUGACAAACCAAAGAAAGGUCGGGAUAAUUUAAGUUUGAAGGAGAAAGUCACGUUUCUUUUGUAAAGUGUGUGGGAGCUCCUUCGGACGGGCUGGAUCGCUAACACUUUGAUUUUGUUGGGGGGUUUUCUUAGUUCUUCUCAUGGCAGGGUGCUUGUGGAGACGUGUGGUCACUUGAUCUGUUGUUUAUAGUUUUGUGGUUGUGUUAAUUUGCCUAUUGUAGACCAAAAUAGAUUUUUUUAUAUAUCUAUAUAUAUAUAAAGAAAUGCAACAGAACAUAAAAAUGAUCCUGACACAGUAGCUGUGAUGUAAAUUUUGGCAUGUUUGAACAUGUGUAAGAUUGUAAAUGUUGCAUUGUUCCUCUGGCAAAACAUCACACUCUGUAAUCAUUGGUUAUGUCUUCUAUACUCACGUUUUUAGCAAAUCAGUGUACACUUUUUAACCUUCACUUCAGAUUUUAAUGGAAACAGUUUGACCUUCUUUUUUUUUUUUUUUUUGUGUUACUGCCGUUUUCUUCACAUCCAAGGCACCGUCUGAGAUUUUUGAGACUGUCCCGAGAAUACUAAUCCGACAUUCAGCCAUUCAUACUUGAGAUGGACCAAGAUGUUAAGUUUGCACAUAUUUGUAAGUUGUUUAUGAAACCAAAAAGAAAAAAAGAAAGGAAACACACACACACAGAAGAAACAAAACAAAACAAAAAAAAAUCACAACUUCCAGUCAUGUUAAAUCUGGGAAAAAAGGUGCUGGUGGUGUGUGAGCAAACGUGAAAAGAUGAAAAACACAGCAUCAGAGCCAGCCGUCAGCACGCAACAAAGGAGAAAAAUGAAAAGUCGAACCAAACUGCAACGUGGACGUAACGAGGUCCAAAUAUUUAUCAAAGUCAUUUCAAGACAGUAUAUUUUUGUAAUAACUAAACACCAUUUGAUCCAGCAGAACAUUUUUUUCCCAACAUUUGGCAAUUAUUUUUUACACUAUUAGGGAUAAUCCUUGAUGAAUCUGCUGUAUAUUUUUCAUCCUGUGUAUUGAAAUAGGAAAAAAAAAAAAACUGAAUCGAUGUCAUUCAGGCUGAAGACAUUAAAAAUCUUGAAAUUACACACAAACACACCCUCAUGAAAAUCAGCUUAGGUUGUUUUCUUUGAUUUCCUCCUCCUUCGUCAUCAGGCUUUUUUGCUGCCAUAUCAUGUAUGUAGACGCUUUUGUAAACAUGCACUUGAGUUGAACUAUGAGAUGUGCUUAUAAAUAUGUGUAUAUUUUGUUAGGCUUUUUUUCCCCCUCUCUCGUUUCUUUUUUUUUCUUCUUUUUCUUUUUUUUUUUUGGUUGUUGCCUAUGUUAGCUUCGAUAUUUUAUUAUGUCCCUACAAAAUACUUCUCUUAUAUAGUCCUGGCAGAAGUGGAGCUGUUGUAGUAAAGGUAGUUAACAUCACAACUAAGCAAACCCUGAAAUAUAUGCUGCAGUAAAGUGUUUUCAGUUUGUUUUUUGAUAAUUUAUGCUCCAAGUUGGUUUGUAUUUUAUUACUAUUAUUAUUAUAAUUAUUAUUAUUACUGCUAUUACUAUUAUUGUUAUGAAACAAGCUUGUUUGAAAUGUAUUGACUGCUGUUUUUGAAAUAGGGGAUAAAAGAUUUCUUUCUCUUUUUUUUUUUCAAUGUAUGUGCAAGGACAUUUUUUUUUUUUAUAUAUAUAUAAUAUGAUUUGUCAAACACUGGACUGGAGUAAGUUUUCCAACAUUUCCAAGUUGAGAGAUGUAUUUGACAGACGUACAACCGCACAGGAGACACCUGCUAGCACAGAUGUGAGCUCACAGAUGAAGCGCAUCCUCCCGGGAUGAGGCCAAACGAGAGCCGUGAGAAGUUGAAACAAACGAGUCCUUCGUGCUGUCGAUGGGUUACGUGUAGUAGGAAGCAUCAAUUAGCGUUACUUUUACACUUUUUCUUCCAAAAUCGUGGCGUGGCAUUGAGUGGUGGCAGAUUUUCAUUUCAGAAAAAGAGUGCACUCUUCAAUUUUGCUCGUUCCAGAUCAUAAAGGGAUACCACUUUUGAGUCACGGCUCUCGGAAUCACCCCGCUUAUGUUCUUUCUAUGGCAGAGCUAAUACGGCCGUUUGUGUCUCAUCGCACCAACCUCCACUUUCUCAAACCAGAAAAGAGAUUUGCACUAGACUGAUUUUUGGUCUUCUUCUAUCAAAAAGCAAUAUAAGUCACUCAACACAUGUUUGAACCAUAGUAUCGGACGGUUUGUCCCCCCCGUGGUGGGAAAAUGGUGACGUUUCACCAGUUUUAAUUUGUCUCCGAGGUACAGAAUCAGUCGCCCAUUUCUAAGAUGCACAUGACAUCCACAUAUUGUUCUUUGUAGCAGGGUUGUCAGUCGUUCUUUUUUUUUUUUUUUUUUUCUUGUUUUCUCUUUGUAAUAAUUACUAUAAAAACCCAGCACUAUCCCGAAUAUUAGUGUCCAGAUUUGAGGGGCAUUAAAACUAUUGUUUCCUCCUGUGAUUGUUUUGGACAAAUCAAGCAGCUCUUACAGAUCUUGAAGUGAGAGACGGGAUGUUAUGAGGGAAGGAUUCAUUUCACCACGAGUCGAUGUCGGUCAUCUUCAUCACACAGCCCACACCAACAAAGAUUAAAAAAAAAAAAAAAAAAAACACACUGAUGCCAAAAAGAGAAACCCAGCUGUCCUCCACCGUGCACACAUUUCCUCCAAAAACAUCAGAUCUCUGCGAAAGCGCUCACUUUGGGUGCGUUUCUUUCCCUGGGAUGUGGAAAAGAAAAAGAACAACGAUGCUUUAAACUGAAAUGAAAAUGAGAAACAUCCUAGAGGAAAAAAAUUAAAAAAUAAAUAAAUCUUGGCCACACUGACGUAGAGAAUCUGUCUCACCAAAACGUACCACACUUCAUCCUGUUUCCAAUCAUUCGCCACCACGACCGACCUUCCAAAACGUCGCCAUUCUGUCGAUGGAUACAUGUAAAUUUUUUCCCACGGACGAACAGACGUCGCCAUUUUAUCUGGAUGUAGUAGCUUUCCUGUUUUCACCGCUUUGUGGUGUUGUUGAAAGAUGUUGCGGUUUGUCUAAAUAUGUUGCGUGUUAGAGGAAGCAUAAGUAUGUGCCUUCUUGUAAUCUCCUUGGUGAGCUUGUUAUUAUUGAGAAGCUGAAGCCAGCCAAUUGUGUUUGCACUAAAAACCAAAUUGCUUUCGUGAUGUAGACUAUUUAAGCAAGCUUGUUGCGUCACUUUAACCGUACAGUAUGCAUGAGGGUGAAAUUGGUAAGUCUAGGGCUAGAGCUCUCAUCUGUUGACCUGUAAACCAGUGCAGCUUAGAGGAUCUUGUGAAUAUAUCUUGGCUUAGUUUUUUGCAUUUAGUUUUUCAAUUCCAUCUUCCUUACUCAUCGAGUUUUUUCACAACUUCAACAGUAAAAUAAAAUAAAAUCUUUCAAAAAAAAAAACAAACAAAAAAAAAAAACUUUUGGGGAAAAAAAAAAAAAAAGAAAUCAAAUGACACAUACCACGAAUACAAUACAGCUUUUACUUUCACAUGCCACAGUUAGAGUCUCACAACUGCAGAAGAGAAAAAUCCAUUUUUUUUUUUUCUAAAACCAUGGGAAUGCAUGAGUAUACGAGGUCGCCUCAAGACUAUUGGUCAAAUUAAUUUAGGUUGUUUUUUUUUUUUUGGAAAACUUGUAUUUAUUGCAUAUUUUGUUGACAUCUGAGAAGAAGAAAAAAAAAACCUACAUGCUUUGAGUCUUACAAAUGCACCUUAUUCAUGUCAGUCCAUGUGGGGAUUUAAAAAAA